AUGAAAGUCGCAGUGAUUUUAGGUGUGUUCCUCAUCAUCUCAGAGUUUAAUCUCUGUUUAACGUGGUGCCUAAAGAGUCUUGGUGUCCAAGAAUGUGACUUUAACUUGCUUCACAUCUCAGUGUACAAUUUCCGGGCAUUUCUUUCUGUCCAGAGUCGAGAUGUGAGACAAAUUCCAACUCUUGUGGAAACCUCAUGGCCAGAGAAGUUACUCUCUUUCGUGGCACGCGGAUUUCCCAGCAACAGUGCUCACAGUCCAGCGAACAAAUGCCAGAGAAUUAUACAGAGUUACCGAACUGGAGUUGAUUGUCAUGGGAGAUUGUGGAUGGUGGAUAGUGGUUCUUGGGAAUGUCCUCCCAAGAUUAUUGUGUACAAUCUCAAAAGUCCUUGGAACAAUGAGAUUCACCGACAUGUCUUUGAGAAUGCCACAGAAGGAAUCUUCACUUCUCUGAGUAUCGAUCCUGUGGAUCACGCAGGAAGAUUCACAAGGGCUUAUCUCACAGUGAGAGGGAGACUCUUGUACCUCUACGAUCAAUCCCAGAAUUCCCUGCAUCUCACGGACAUUCGAGGGAUUCGUGAGAUGGAAUUCCAGGAAAAUGACAUAAUUCACAUGGAAACAGAUAUAAUUGGGAAUUUGAUGGGCAAGGGACAUUCACUAAUUGCAGAUUCUAAAAAUUUCCUCUACUACAUCAUUCCUAAGGAUGGAGUUGUUGUCAAAUGGAAUAUAAAGAAACCUCUGACAGCAGAAAAUCAUGAAAUCCUCCAUUUUCAAUCCCAAGAGAUGAUUGGUCUACUUUUUAGCUUCCAGGAAUCCCUCUGGGUUAUCAAUGCCCAUGCCAUUGGGGACAAUCAUAGUCACAGAAUUCAUAGCGAUUAAACUUUUA